CCGGAAGUGUUUGUCGUCAUUCCUCGAGCUCACGCUGCCGCUUACAACCGACCGCGCGCUGCUUUUUGGCUAGCGAGCGAGGAAGAGGCUCGACAGAAAUGGCGCUGACGGCAAGGCGAGCAGCAUGAAGUGCUGAUGCAUUACAUGGAUCAAAACUCACGAGUGCCAGGACAACGUCGGGAAAAUGACAAUGGCGUCGAAGUAGGACACCUUUUGUAACUGUCAUUACAAACCUACAACACCUUUCCCCGGGAGAGUUUUCAUCUUGUCGGCGGAGAAGAGGAGACCUCACCGGGAGCAUGGCUUCGUACAGCAACCAGUACAUCUUCGGGGAAUUCAGCCCUGAUGAGAUCAAUCAAUUUUUUGUGACUCCACGAUGUUAUGUUGAGCUUCCUCCGUUCAAUGACAAAGUCCCGUGCGUCACUCAGUCUUCUGGAAGUUACUGCACUCCUGCUGUACCUUAUAUUAUGGAGUCUAUGGGACUGCAGGUUUGCGCAGAAGACUAUCAGCGCAUUGAGUUUGGCGUUGACGAGGUGAUGGAUUCCAAGCCUAUUGGGAUGAACGAUCCUUUAUACAAGGUGUCGAGCACCCUCAACCCCCAGGCUCCAGAGUUCAUCCUGGGCUGCCAGUCAGCCCAGAAGGCCCAACAGACGGCCGCUCCAGCAGCUGAUGUACCCGAUGGAACGCACUUCAACUCGCUGGAUGGCCCUGAUUCAGAGGCCUCAGCCAUGGACAAUCACCAGGCCUGCCAGGACAUGGAUGGACUCCCUGGCAGUCUGGGACAGCGGGAGAGGAAGAAAAAGAAAAAGCGACCGCCGGGGUAUUACAACUACCUGGACCCAUCAACUGGCAAUAGCAAUGCAGCAGAUGGGACGCCUGUGACAGCACUGGUGAACGGACAUGCACUCGGUGGCCCACACCACAAUGCUGAAGAUGUGGACGGUAAGGCAUUGUCAGGGGCUGAACUUUCCACCCCUGGGCCUGUGUCAACAACGGCAUCAACAGCUGCUGUGGCAGUGGCCAAGUUUGCCCCCACAUCCACUGCCAAUCAGAGGACUUGUGAUAGCCCUGAUGACUCUUCUUUGGACUUAACAAGUGGAGCUGCCUCUUUAUCAGAUGGCAACAAUGCAAUUUCCUCCUCUUCAUCCUCUUCUCAAAGCAGAGGGAUGACUGAGGGGCCAAGGACUGCAGAUCAGCAGCCAGAUCAUUUGGCUCCACAGAGCCCAGAACUUUCAGAUCCUCCACACAGCCCCUGCUCCAAAUCACCACUUCCUCCUUCAGCUGCUGUGGCCAUCUUCUCUGUCGCCACUUCCAUUAUGACUACUGAACUGGAGGGAAGGGAGCUGGCGGACAGUGGGGUGGCCAAUGGGCUAACAGAGCCUGAUACUCCUGUCAGUGCAGAUGGACACAAAGAAGACUGUGAGAGUGGGGAGCAGGCUCAGCAGGUCUCCCCAGACUCUGCUGCCCAACCGGUAGUGACAGAGCAGGGCCAUUCGCCUGCAAUCCCAGCUGCGCCUGCUGCCAACCUCCCCAAAUCUUGGGCUAGCCUCUUCCACAACUCCAAGCCUCUGCCUGGGGGCCCUCAGGCCUUUGUGGAGGUAAAGAAUGUUGUGGAAGUUGUUUCUCCCUCCCUCGCUACGCCAGAGCAGCCUGAGAAAGUUGGGGAGGUCAAAGAUGGCCCUGUCCACGUAUCAGAGGAUCCCAUGGCCCCAAAACUUGCAGAACUUAUUGAGAAUGUGAAGUUGAUACAUAAACCAGUGUCUUUGCAGCCGAGAGGACUGAUCAACAAGGGAAACUGGUGCUAUAUCAACGCUACCCUACAGGCCCUGAUCGCAUGCCCUCCCAUGUAUCACCUGAUGAAGUCCAUUCCUCUGCACAAUGAAACGCAGAGACCGUGUACCUCCACACCCAUGUUAGACAACUUUGUACGGCUGGUGAAUGAGUUCAACAACAUGCCCGUGCCAUCUAAAGCCAAACAGCAAGCUGUUGGUGACAAGGCCAUGAAAGACAUUCGGCCCGGUGUCCCCUUUGAACCGACCUACAUUUAUAGACUCCUCACUCUCAUCAAGUCAAGUCUCUCUGAGAAGGGCCGACAAGAGGAUGCGGAGGAGUAUCUUGGCUUCACUCUUAACGGAUUGCAUGAGGAGAUGCUGGCUUUGAAAAAAUUAAUCUCACCUCAGGAAGAGAAAGCUCCAACGCCCAACGGGCCAGAGUCCCAGCCAGGUGUGGAGGAAGACGUUGCUGAUAAGGACGAAGAAGGUAGUGAGGAUGAGUGGGAGCAAGUUGGCCCCAGAAACAAGACUUCCAUCACUCGCCAAGCAGACUUUGUCCGCACACCCAUCACUGAUAUAUUUGGUGGGCACAUCAGAUCGGUGGUGUAUCAACAAAACUCUAAAGAGUCAGCCACUCUGCAGCCUUUCUUCACCCUGCAGCUGGACAUCCAGUCAGAGAAGAUCCGCACUGUCCAGGAGGCUCUAGAAACCUUGGUGGCAAGAGAGUCGGUCCAGGGCUACACUUCUAAAACCAAGCAGGAGAUUGAGAUUAGUCGGAGGGUGACUUUGGAAGAGCUGCCCCCUGUGCUGGUGCUCCAUCUCAAGAGAUUUGUUUUUGAAAAGACUGGAGGCUGCCAGAAACUGACCAAGAACAUUGAUUACCCCGUUGACCUGGAAAUCAGCAAAGAUCUCUUGUCCUCUGGAGUGCGGAGCAAAGUUGUGAAAGGCCAAAGAACUUACCGGCUCUUUGCAGUUGUCUAUCACCAUGGGAACAGCGCAACAGGAGGUCAUUACACCACGGAUGUCUUCCACAUUGGUCUUAACGGCUGGCUGCGCAUUGAUGACCAGACAGUGAAGGUCAUCAACCAGUACCAGGUGGUGAAGCAGACUGCAGAGCGCACUGCCUACCUGCUGUAUUACCGCCGUGUCGACCUGCUGUAGACACACACACACACACAUCCCAACAAUACACGCAAGAAAACCCGAAUAUAUCCACAAACCGCACACGAAAAACAUACAUGCUCAAAAUGCACUUGUUGACAUUACAGUACAUCUACACAUGACAAACACACACAAAACUAAUGAACAGGAACACUGCCCAACUUGUUCUCUUGCAAGAUUUUCCUCUUCUUCCCUCCUGUCCCUGCUUUCCUGAGAACCAGCUUUUCCAACACCUUUUUCCUCGUCUCUUUUUUCUUUUUGGAAGAAGAGAAAACAAGCUGCAUUCACAAAGAUUUCCCUGUGACUGCCCUCUCUUCUCUGUGCACCACUGCUGUUUUUUUUUGUUGUUUUUUUUGUCCUUUAUUGUUUUACUAAAGCAACAAGGAAGGUGGGGUUGGGGUUACAAGUUAGGACCUGAGACUCGCCCUCUGGAUGAGCCCACAGCUCGGCUCAGAUAGCAAACAGUGGACUCACACGGGAAAGAACUAUGUACCACAGGCUGCAAGUGGACUGCUGCGGUAAUUUCUCUUGUUUGAAUUACCUUUUUACAGAAAUGACCCAGAAUUAUCAGUGUUUGCCUUUUUAAGUAAAGGAGAACUGUUGGCCUAACGAGUUUGCAGCAGUUUAAAAGCCUAUUUGAAUUUGCCCUUGUGCAUUGGAAAGGCCCAGCACCAGCAUUAUCAUGAGUCUCCUCCCACGGCCAGAUCGCCUUCUUCUCUGCCACCAACAACUCCUCCUCCUCCAUUUCCUCACUUUUACGAUGCUUUUAAAUCUAGGUACAACUUGAGCCAUCAAAAACAAUGGGGCGGGGGUGAGGGAAGAUAGUUGGUACAUUGAAUGGGAACUGAACAGCCGCCUUGUCUGAGAGAUCCUUGUUAUGUUAUCUGGGUUUAGAUUUAGAGAGACUAUCUAAAAAAUAAAAAAAAAUAAAAAAAAAUAUUAAUGCGCUUUAGAAUUUAAUAACAAAUAUGCUUCUGUGCACAAAGUAUAAACUGAUUGAUUACAGUAUGACAGGCAAAUGCAUAUUUUGCAAAUAUUUAGAUUAAAAUGUUAAAAAAAAAAUGACUAAAAAUUUAGCUGACUGAAAACUUGUUUGGGUCCUCAAGGACUGUGCCGGUUUUUAGACUCAGUUCUUGCACUGGAGAGAUGGCAACCAAUCGAGACAGAUUCCACUGCAAAACCUGCCCUUGUUUACUUUGUACAUUUCCUUCUAAAUCCAUUCAUAUUUUUUGUGUUGUUUAAGGUUCCACCUGUGUAUAGGUGGCUUAUCAGUGUAGUUUUUGAGCCACACCACCCCUCUUACCCCCCAACUCAGCAGAAAGCGGGGGCUGCCUUAGGUUCAAUGUGUGAUGUUUUUCCACUCAGUGUACAAGUCUAACCCUGAUCAGGCACCAAACAGCAAGUCUAAUGUCUGAAGAGUUAGAGGAGUGUACCUGACACCUGUGUAUUUACUCUUUUGUGGCUCAGCAGUUCCUCCCAGUCGAGGGACGCUGAGCUUUGAGGGGAAGUGGGACUACAUCUGUGCUAAGCUCUGCAUAAAGACCCUGGAUAUGUGCACAAAAAGAGAUAGUGUUUGCUUUUGUUGAAGAUAUUGAAUUUCUUUUCUCUUCUUUUUGAUCAUUCAUUGAUUGUGAUGACUUUUGUUUGACUUACUAAACAAUGUUUUUUUUUGUUUUGUUUUGUUUUUUGUCAUUGAUCAUUUAUCGGCUGUUCCCAUGCUCUCGCUCCCUUCAGAAAAAUAUGCUUGCAUUUGAAUUGGUGUUUGAAAAGAAAUUACACAAGCUAAAGCACAACAAUGAAUAAAAUUGAACUAGAUAUUUGCUUGAUAUUUAUUUCCAUUUUUGUCAUUUUCACUAUAUAUUUUUUGUUUUGUUUUGUUUUGCUGAAGACCCAUUUAAUUCAAACCACCAGUGUCAGAAUCUCAGUAUUGAAAAAAAAAAAUGUGAUCAGAUCAAGUAUUUCUAUUUCGGUUUGUGUACUUUGACCUUUUCACCCAUAAAAAUCCUGCUUUUUGUCUGACGGACUUCCUCACACAUAGUUGUCCAUAAAUUAAAACAAGGUACACAGGUGAGAAGGUGGUUGUCUCACAUAUCUUUUCCAGUACUUGAUUUUGAAGUUCAUGAGACUGAUUCUGUUCAGUCUUUUGAAUUUGAAGUCAUAUUUUUAACAAAAUGACAAUGUCACGUUAGAUAUAAAUUAUUUUUUAGCAUCUAUGUGAUAUUAUUACAUGAACAUUAUGAACAGAGUCCCUUUUUUUUUUUUUCUUUCGUGUGUGUCAAAGUCAAAAGCCUUUUCCCAGGUAAACCAAAGGACAACAUUCUAUCGGCCCUAGAGCCUCUCCUUCAGUAUAUAUACAAACUUUGUUUUUGCCCUCUCCAUCCGUGGUCUUGCAGCCAUGUCUCGACUCAUUCCACACUGCAAACAGGCAUGCAAUCUUCAUCAUGCAUAAUGUUAAUGAUAGUACAGUUGUGCUGUUGGCUUUUUAGUCAUUUCUGCACAAAUUGUGACAUUUGUUGAUUUCCAUAUUUUUUUCCCCCCUUUUUGAGAAAAAAAAAAUGUUUUUGAGAGUUUGGGACUUUGAACAGACACCAUUGAGCUUUCUGUUGUAUAGUUUUGUCUCACUCUCUCAUGGCUGGUCAGGAAAUGUGCUGGUGAAAUGCUUCAAUAAUGUCUCUUUUCAGUAUGUGCUAACACUAUUGUCUGCUGGGAAUUGUUGGGAUAUUGACCUAAAAACAAAAAUCUAUACUGUCUUUUAAUUUCAAGCCUCCAGCAUUCUAUUUUGUUAAUUGUUCAAAUAAAGGAUUGUGCAAAAAGCAGUUUGCUAAUGAGGUGUAGUCAGAAGACUACUUGGCUUUCUUAUAAUACAGUAAAUACUGAACAUCUGCAGUCUCUACACUCUGGACUGGCCUACAGAACAAUGUGCACAAUAAACCAAAACAACAAAACGA